AUGGCGGGGGAGCAGCGGCGGCAACAGCAUCAGCAUCAGCCGUCCCCAGCCCCAGGGCAGCCUCCUGCCUCCUCCUUCGAGUGCUUCGUGUGCCUGGGGAUGCUGCACCGCCCAGUGUGAACGCCCUGCGGACACGGUCUGUGCUUCUGUCAUUUCUGUAUUUCUGCAAGUUUAAAGAACAGUGCAUGGACAUGCCCCUGCUGCUGUGCUUACCUUCCUUCUGAGGGAAUUCCAGCCACUGACAUUGCCAAGACGAUGGAGAGCACACACAGAAACUACACAGAAUGUCAAACACAGGUAUGUCUGAGUGAAAUGAGAGCUCAUUUAAGAACUUGUGAAAAAUAUGUAGAAAAAUAUGGACCUCUACAGGAGCUGGGUGAUGCAGGAAAAAGAUAUUCCUGUCCUUUUUGCCAGUAUGAAGUAAAUGAGGAUGAGCUAAUGGACCAUUCUCACCAUAGAUCAGAAAGGAGAGCAGUGACUGAGGAAGCCAGGUAUAAGGACAUACUUUGUGGAAGGCAUACAGGAAGACUGAAGAGUCUUGGAAGCCCACUUCUGCCAGCUUCUUGCAUGCUGAGGCUGAAGACCAUGCUGCCUCUUUGCCAGUGA